CUACUAACUGUAGCAGAAAGCAGCAGUGGCUAGCGCCUCUGGGGAGAUGCGGCCGACUAUCAGGACAGAGACGGUCUGCAGGCUGUUCUGAAGCAUGUAGGCCAGUAUCACCGGGAUUGAGGCCCUUGCCAGGAGCCAUAUUUCGGACAGCCAUUCCCGAUACAGGGGAUUUAUCCACCACGCGCUCGCCGGGGACGACAACGGCUUGGGGAGAAGCGCAGUUCUUUCGUUGUCAUCCCUCGCGGGCGGAUCUGAAGGCCAUGUUGCCGGCAUUAUCGUCGGCGAUAUCUCGUUCUCCAUCUCGAGGUGGUCCAGAUAGCCGGCGGUUUGAGAUAGCGCCGUGGAAAAGACCAACACCCCAGGAAGCUAGACGUAAGUUGGAAUCAAGGUACGGAUCGCCAAUUAUGGUCACUCCACCGAUCACCGCCGCAACGCAGAGGGCACCGCGUAAACAUUUACGGGACGUCCUCGCAGAAAGGGAUGGACGUGUGGUGAAGGGGGUACGCCCCAAAGCACGUCAAUGUAAGGCAACAGGGGAGGUCUCUUCGUAUCUCUCUCUUUAUAGUCCCUCCGGAUUAUGUCUUCGUCGGCGGUGGGUGCUACGUGUUCCUACAUAUCAAUCCGUAGAUCUAACCUGCCUCCAUUGGGUACCAACGCGGGUCGACUCCCAAGUCCAGUCUCGCACGUAAGUACUACUACGUUGAUGCCAGGCUCGCAGGAUACUGUCCCCUCUAGAUAUCCCGCACAACAUCGCCCGGGGGGGGAGGUGGAGGUGAGGAGGAGAAUCAGAGUGGCUGCUCCCUCAUUGGGUACGGUAUACUGGCGGUGGGUACAAGAGGCGCAACAAAGCCCAGAUAAUCAACGGGAGCAUGCAUCUUCCGGCUCUCACUCGGCAGGCCAUUCGUCGUCUCCCCGUGCCCUGUCGUGUUGUGCAGCAUGGCCACUACCCGCUCGCCACCGUCUCGGUAUCGGUUCCAUACGAUUCGGAGCCGACCCGCCCCUCUCACCGUUCUGGCUCUCUCGCUAUCGGAUCGCGUUGAGGGGGGCGCCAUACGUGCAGCCUCGCCGGGGGAGGAUAUGGGACGACUUGGCCCUCCGAUUUGGUAAUUCCCCUUUCCCCCCUCGCCGUAGGCGUGAGCGCUGCAAGGGGAGGGGGGAGAGGAGAGACAGGUCCCGUCAGCGCUGGGCCGCCAUAGGGCACCGGCUUACGGGAUUUCUAUCAGAGACGAAUUAGCGGCUGGGUAAUGCAGGCGAUGGGUGAGUUGGCGCUGCAUCGCGAUAUUAAGAGAUCGUCUACCGAGUGGCGGCGG